AUGGCAGAGGCUCGAGAAAAAACAUCUAAAUGUGAGAUAUGUGGCAAAGGAUUUACUCACAAAAGGCAGCUCAAAAAUCAUUUUAAAUCACACUUCCCUGAUGAGCCAGAAAAUCAAAAACAGAAGUGUGAAAUUUGUGGAAAGAUGCUCAGCAGUGUGCAAAGAAAAACUGUACAUAUGAAACAACUUACGGGAGAAAGACCAUACAAAUGUGAUGUAUGUGGAAAAAGCUAUUGUGAUAAAGGUGCCUUGAAAAAGCACAUUAUUCGACAUUCUAAAAAAUUCAAGUGUGAAAUAUGUGACAGACCAUUUGGAUGUCGUUCUGCAUUAACAGAUCACAUGUCCACUCAUACCAACGAAAAAUAUUUCGAAUGCACUAUUUGUCAAGUGUUAUUUUCUAGGAAAAACAAUUUAUAUCGGCAUAUGAGGAGACAUACAAAUGAUGCCCAAUUGAGAUGUGAAAUAUGCGGUGUCACCAAAUUGGAACAAUCUGAUUUGAAUAUUCAUAUGCGUACCCAUACAGGUCAAAAACCAUAUAUAUGUGAAGUAUGUGGAAAAGCAUUCAGCCAACACGGUAAUCGAGAUAUUCAUUUGUAA